UUGUUUUGUGUUGUUAAUUUCGAAGCAAAAAUUUUCCAAAAAUGAGUGAACUGGAACAGUUGAGGCAGGAAGCCGAACAACUACGGAAUCAGAUCCAGGAUGCCAGGAAAGCAUGCAAUGAUACAACACUUGUUCAGAUCACAUCAAAUAUGGAUUCCGUGGGUCGGAUACAAAUGCGAACAAGACGUACGCUGAGGGGGCACCUCGCUAAAAUCUAUGCCAUGCAUUGGGGCUAUGACUCAAGGCUACUAGUCAGUGCUUCCCAGGAUGGAAAAUUAAUUAUUUGGGAUAGCUAUACAACAAAUAAGAUGCAUGCCAUUCCUUUGAGGUCCUCCUGGGUGAUGACCUGUGCUUAUGCCCCCUCUGGUAAUUAUGUGGCUUGUGGAGGACUGGACAACAUCUGCUCUAUAUAUAACUUAAAGACCAGAGAGGGAAAUGUGAGAGUGAGCCGAGAGUUACCAGGUCACAUAGGCUACUUGUCCUGCUGCCGUUUUUUAGAUGACAGCCAAAUUGUUACAAGUUCAGGAGAUACAAAUUGUGCCCUAUGGGACAUUGAAACUGCCCAGCAGACCACCACAUUCACUGGGCAUUCUGGAGAUGUGAUGAGUCUUUCUCUGAGUCCUGACAUGAGGACUUUUGUUUCUGGUGCUUGUGAUGCCUCUUCCAAGUUAUGGGAUAUUCGAGAUGGAAUGUGUAGACAGUCUUUCUCUGGACAUGUGUCAGAUAUUAAUGCUGUCAGUUUUUUUCCAAAUGGCUAUGCCUUUGCCACUGGCUCCGAUGAUGCCACUUGCCGUCUCUUUGACCUUCGUGCAGACCAAGAGUUAUUAUUGUAUUCUCAUGACAAUAUUAUCUGUGGGAUCACCUCCGUAGCCUUCUCAAAAAGUGGGCGUCUCCUGUUAGCUGGUUAUGACGACUUCAAUUGUAACGUGUGGGACACACUAAAAGGAGAUCGUGCAGGUGUUCUUGCUGGUCAUGACAACCGGGUCAGCUGUCUGGGUGUAACUGACGAUGGCAUGGCUGUGGCAACAGGCUCUUGGGACAGUUUUCUUAGAAUCUGGAAUUAACAGUGCAUACAAUUUUGCUGUUCUCUGUUGGUAUCUGGAGAAAUCAGUGCUACAGCCUAUAGCUGUGAUAAAAGAAAUUCUAAUACUUGCUGUUGAAAAUUUUUCUAUUGAGAUUACUACAUACAAAAGGGAGCUUUCAGUAAACUACAAAACAGAAAAGGAUGAAAAAAAAAUAAAAAAACAAGGCAAAGGUGCUUGCUGAGAUCAAAAGGACCAGUGCAUUGAGCUCAUUUAACCUUGAAGUCUUACUUUCACUAAUUGUUUUCUUUAUGUAGAACAAAAUGUAUACAUUAUAGCAACCUAUCAUGUUUGAUUGCUUUCAUUUAUGAACUUCAUUUUAAACUUUGUAUACACCAGAAAUGUCACAUUUUUUAUUUCUGUAAUGGAGGCAACAGACACAGUAAUAGAUGGAGGUAAUACCAUGUGUCUGUCCUUAGGUUUGAAGAGUCUCCUUGAAUUCUGACCUCCCUUUUUGAUCUAAAAGAUCCUGGUUGCUUACUGUAUUAAGAAUGCUGACAGGUAGGUGCCUGAGAGCCCUUUUGAGUAUCAUUAGUUUCUUGGUGCAUCCUUUGCCCUCCUAUCAAUUUAAAUAAGUGCUCAUUUUCAGUCCUUCGAGGGGAAGAUAAUCUGAAGGGUAGGGGAUAGAGAUUUCACUCUGAAAAUUUAGACAUAUGUAAGAAACUUUAUUAAUAGGAAGACAGCAAUAAUCUCAUAUAAAUGAUUCUUGGCAUUUUAAAAAGCAGAUUAUGAUCAAAUAACACUCCACACGAGUAAUCCUCUGAAUAGUUGGUCUCAUAUUCUAGAACUGAGUUUGUGUGCUCAUUAUUCCAGGACAUGGAUGAACACUUGGAUUGUCCUUGCACCUGAAGAACUUUUCCUAGUGUCCUGUCAGUGUGCAUCUACAUCUAAGGAAACAGGACAGCAUGGUUUUGAAAAGUGUAAAAUCUAACCAGUCACUAGAUCUGAGUAGUUAUAGUUGUGACAGGGUGGCUUUAUGAAUUUAUGUUCACACAUAUGAAAUCUGAAUUGAUGUAAACUGUCAAAUUUUAAAAAGGAAACAUUAAAGCUCUGCUCUUCUGUAACAUUUUUCCUUCACACAAAAUAUUGGUUUCUAAGUGGCGUGGCUCUGCUUUGAAGAAUGGCUAGAUCCAAGUGGCUCCAUUUUAAAGCCAAAAGGAAAAUUCCAAGAGUAAGUACUUAAAGGAGUCAGAGGAAAAUACUAAGCAAUUCAUUCCUCUGCUUGUCAAUGGUAUAAUAAAAUGUUGUCUAUUACUAGAAUGAGCCCUCCUGGAUUUAAACAAAGAUACUCUCCCCCUUGGAUUUUCUCCUACAAAUAAAUCUAAAUGACUGACAUGGGAAGAUGGUUAGUCUUGCUUGAUGGUGAAGUCAUGGGUUAUCCUGAUACAUUAUAGAAGUGUACUGUUUUGUUAAAUCAAUAAACUAUCACUUACUGUUGA